UUCAUCAUCGCUGAGUUGAGAACCCAAAGAACUCUGCUUCUUUCUCCUCCUUCUCCAAACAGGGAGAAACUCUUUCAAAGUAUCUCUCCUUCUAAUCAUCUCACAGCUUUCUAUGGUGAUCAUCGAACAACUCUCUCCUUCUUCCAUCCAUCCAUGGAAUUACCAUGUCUUUUUGAGUUUUAGAGGUGAGGAUACCCGCUUCAAUUUCACAGGCCAUCUGUACGCCGCUUUGCGUCAGAAGGGAAUCAGCACCUUCAUGGAUGACCAGCUCAUACGAGGAGAAGAGAUAUCACAAGCGCUUCUCCAGGCGAUUGAGCAGUCCAAGAUCUCAAUCAUUGUGUUCUCUAAAGACUAUGCGUCCUCCAAGUGGUGCUUGGAUGAACUUGUCAAGAUUCUUGACUGCAAGGAAUCAAGUCAGCAAGUCGUUCUGCCAGUGUUCUACAAAGUCGAACCAUCGGAUGUACGAAAUCACAGAGGCAGCUUUGGGGAGGCACUUGCUAACCUGGAACGCAAAUUUAAUGGCGACAAGGUGCAGAAAUGGAAAAGUGUUCUUAAUGAAGCGGCAAGUUUGUCAGGGUGGACUCUCUCAGAGAAACACUCUGAAUCCAAUGUCAUUCAGGAGAUCGUUCAAACGAUUUCAAAGCAACUUAUAAACUUCACAGAUUUGGAUGUGGCCAAGUACCCAGUAGGAAUAGAACCUCGUGUGCAAGAGAUCCGUAAGCUUUUAGAUGUGGAGGGAAGAGAUGUUCAUAUGGUAGGGAUAUGGGGGGCUGGUGGAAUUGGUAAGACGACAAUUGCAAGAGCUCUCUAUAACUCAAUUGCUCAUAAAUUUGAUGGGAGUUGUUUUUUAGAAAAUGUUAGAGAAAAUUCAGAGGGUGUUGGAGGCAUCGUUAAACUACAAAGGAUACUUCUUCACGAGAUUCUAAGGGGAACAGAAUUGGAGGUGGCCAGUGUAGCUAGAGGAACCACUGUGAUCAAGGAAAGGUUACGAAACAAACGAGUUCUCUUGGUUCUUGAUGACGUGAAUGACACGGAUCAGUUAGAUAGGUUAGCUGGUCAAUGUAGUUGGUUUGGUAAGGGUAGUGCAAUCAUUGUAACAACAAGGGAUAAAAAAUUGCUGAGAGUUCAUGGAGUUGAUCUGAUACACGAGGUUCAAGAAUUGGCUGAUGAAGAAGCUCUCAAGCUUUUUAGUAUGUAUGCAUUUGGAGGAAGUCAACUCAGGGAUGGUUAUGCAGAACUCACAAGACGUGCAUUACGGUAUGCUCAAGGCUUACCAUUAGCUUUGACCGUUUUAGGUUCUUCUCUGUGCAAUGAAGAAGUAGAGGUAUGGGAAGCUGCAUUAGAUGGUUUCAAAAGCAAUAAAAUUGAAGAUGUUUUGAAAAUAAGUUACGAUGGAUUGGAUGAGAGAGUGAAGAAAGCUUUUCUUGACAUUGCAUGUUUUUUUAAAGGUGAAGAUAGAACACAUGUAGUAAAUAUACUAGAAGCUUGUGACAACAAACGGUAUGAUAUUGAUGUUCUCAUUGGAAAGGCCCUCAUCAGUAUUAGAUCCGAUGGUGUGAUUUGGAUGCAUGACUUGCUAGAAGAAAUGGGUAGAGAUAUAGUUCAAGAACAGUCACCUGAUGACCCUAGAAAGCGUAGCAGGUUGUGGUUUCAUGAAGAUGUUUUCCGUGUUUUAACAGAGAAUAUUGGAACAACCGAUGUCAUAGGCAUCAAGAUGAAUCUGCCUGAAGAUUCAGAUGCGAUAUGCUUCAGUGGUACCACUUUCUCCAACAUGCCAAAUCUUAGAAUGUUCAUAUACCGUGCUGGACGCCAUUAUGGAAAUUUUGAUAAUCUGCCAAAUAGCUUGAGGGUAGUUGAUUGGCCUGGCUGUCAACUACAAUUUUCGUCAUCCAAUAUAAUUCCAAGAGAAGUUGCUGUAUUCAAUAUGCCUGGUAGUGCCAUCAGAGUGAUGGGAAAUGGAUCCAAGCGUCUCACAAAUCUGACGUCAAUAAAUUUGAAAGAUUGCCAAUACCUUAUAGAAGUCUCGGACUUAUCCCAAUGCCCAAAUUUGCAACGUUUGGAUCUAGAUAAGUGUAAAAAUCUGGUUAAAGUGCAUCCCACUGUGGGAUUCCUUGAUAAUCUUACUCAUUUGAGUCUUCGGGGCUGCUCUAAGCUUCAGAGAUUUCCAACAGAAGUGAGUUGGAGAUCCAUGACGGAACUUCUGGCUUCCGAUUGUGGAAGGCUUCAGAAUUUCAUAAUUCAUGCGGGGAAGAUGGAGUGCAUUAAAAAAAUACAGCUACUAGGAAGUGGGAUAAAAAAGCUGCAUUCAUGGAUUGGAUGUUGCGCUACCUUGGAAUUUUUAAGUUUGUCUAAAACUUCAAUCGAAAAACUGCCCUCAACGAUGAAACGCCUUACUUCUUUAAGACAACUGUACCUGUCUGGCACUCCCCUUAAAGAAUUGCCUUCAUGGAUUGGGAAGCUCACUUCCUUGGUGGAAUUGUACGUGGUUAAAACUCUUAUUGAAGAACUUCCUUCAUCAAUUCAGUAUCUUACAUCCUUGACACAACUGUUGCUGUGUAAUACUCCCCUAAAAGAAUUGCCUUCAGGGAUUGGGUGUCUCACUUCCUUGGUGGAAUUGGACGCAUCAGGAACUCAUAUAGAAGAAUUGCCUUCAUCAAUUGAACAUCUUACUUCUUUAUGUUUUCUGAAGCUAUCCCAAACUCGCAUUGAAGUAUUGCCUUCAUGGAUUGGGUAUCUCACUUCAUUGGAGAUAUUGUACGCGUAUGAAACUGAUAUCAAAAGAUUGCCUUCAUCGAUUGGGUGUCUCACUUCCUUGGAGGAGUUGAAUGUGUCAAAAACCGCUUAAAAAGAACUGCCUUCAUCCAUCGGUAAUCUCACUUCCUUGAAGGAAUUGGAUGCUUCUGGUUCUCUUAUUGAAGAACUGCCUUUCUCAAUUGGAGAUCUCAUUCGCCUUACAAAGUUAAACCUAGAAGGAUGUGCAAACCUUACAAACGUGCCGCACAGUGUUUAUGGAGGGCUGCAAGGUCUUCAAGAACUGGUUCUCUCUUGUUGCCCUAAGCUAGUUACAUUUCCAAGUAGGGCGAGGGCAUUGGUUUCACCAAGUGCAGAAUCACUUCCUCUGAUGCUUUCAACCAAUUCAAACAGUGGGCAUGAUCGUCCUGGUUCGUCAUUGUUUCCCAAGCUACGAAAUCUACAAUUUGAAGAAUGCAAAUUAUCAUCAGUCUCUGAUCUCCUAACGAAUCUUGAUUGUGUGUCCACAUUAGAGACACUCAAUCUUUCACGAAUCAGCUUUGAUAGUCUUCUGCGCAUCAGAAAAUUUCAUAGGUUGAAAUCUCUUGAUUUGGGUGGUUGUCAGCUUCGAGACAUUCCAGAACUUCCACCAGAGAUAGAACAUAUAAACCUGGAUGAUUGCGUAUGGUUGGAGAGUUUUUCGAAACUGUCAAAUAUACUGCAACAGACAGACACUCCCGCAAGUCUUGGCAGGAUGCACUUGUCUAAUUGUCGUAGACUGGUAGAGAGUAUUGGCAUAGACAUGGUGUCAAAGAUGGCAAAAGCAUUACUGAACCAGCUGGUGUCUGACGGCUUAACUAAUUGGUAUGUGGAUGACUAUAAUAUUAUACUUCCAAGUCUCCCAGGAAUUGAAGUUCCAAAGUGGUUUGAUUCGAGUAAGGUGGAGACAAGUGUGCUUCCUGGUCAUAAAACUAAGUAUGAUAUAUGUGAACUUUUGAUCAAAAUCCCUAGGACUUUGAAGGGCAAAAGAAUAGGAUUGGUUGUCUGUGUAAUUUUUGAAAUUACUGAAAACUACUCUCCUGGUUCUUGUGGUUGUACCACGACGGUUGUGAUUAAUAAAACAGAAGAGUAUGGUGGCACAGAUGAAAGCGAUUUUAAUUCUAGUGGGACCAAGUUAUCAGCUCAAGAAAAUGUGUGUGUGUCAUUCACAUGUAUUGAUUUCAAGGAGAUAAAGGUAGUGGAUCAUGAAGUUCGAGUGAUUUUCCACAAGAAUUCAUGGAAUCCCUAUAAUUUGAAGCACCCGGGGUUGCUUCUUAAAAGUUUUGGGGUGCACCUGACUACUAUUGAGGAGACUGAUGAUGAUCAUACAAGUGAUGAAGAGUUGUCACUGGCAAGAUAUUCGCCGAGGAAUACCAGCAGCUCUGAUUUUGACAACGAAGAAGGGGCAGCUGUAGCAUCAAUUGUAUCAGAUGACAGCAAUUCCAGGGAAGUACACGAUGAUCAUCAUGAUGGGGAAGAAGAACAAGAACCUCAUCUUCCAACAAAUAGAUUGGAAGACUUGGCUAGACAAACAAAUAUAGGAAGAGCAGUAUCAGCAUUUCUGAGGUGCUUUGGAAUUACUUGCUUGUGAUCUUGGUCAAGCACAAGGUGGAACUAGCCUCCCUAGCCAGAUAGCAUCAAAUACAAAUCGAGGCCCUGAAGAACACUACGAUGCUUUUCUUUUGCUGAAGUCUAUCUUGAGGGAUGGCGCUUGAUGGUGAGGGGCAGAGGCACCAAUUAAUCUGGAACCAGGUGAUGGUCAAUUCUGGAUCAAUCAGCAUAAAGAAGGCAUGAUGACAAGAUGAUUUAAUAAGGUGUGGGAGCUUAGCCAGCAAAACUUACAAUACCCUGGAUAAUGCUAUCUGAUCGGAAAAUGUAUAUGGCCAAAAAGGAGUGUCUUUGAGUUAAGGACAUGUCCGUGCUGUGCUUACUGUAAAACCUUAGUCAGUGGUUAUGUAAAAUUUAAAAGAAUAGAUGGAGCAUUGAGGCUUGUUUAAGUACCUGAUUUAAACAAUUGAUGCCUGAUCUGAAAUCUGAAAUAAUUUUUAGAAGAUUUCAUAAUCGGCACUGAGU